UAAUUAUUCUGCAGUAGAAACUUCGUGAGCCGACGAGACGGUGGCGGUUGAUAUUUAAAACGCGUUCGAAAAUAAAGUACGUAUGCAUAUCGGCGAUAUUACGUACAUAGUCAUAUCAUUUCAAAUAAACCGCCAAUAAUUUAAUUCAUCCGCCAAGGCUGACCACCGCGUAAAGUUAUUGAAUGUUUCUGCAGCGCAACUAAAAACAUUAACGUCGUAUACUCGUUCCAAGACGGAGGCAACAGGCGCUUCGGUGAUGCAAUAAUAUUAUUCGAAGUGUGACGUGUGUAGUUAUGGAAAUUGUUCUCUGAAUUUUCCCGAAAAAUAAUCUAUAAAAUCUACAACGCCGAGACAUGGAGAGAAAAAGCGUUAUCAGUGAGGUGUGGGGAUUCACCUUCGUCCUCGUCGCUUUCGCGUUAUUAAAAAUUUCCUCGGCUGAUCCGCCGCCAGUUUUAUCCACACCGCGAGGGCAACUUCAAGGUGUUGUUUCCCAGGCGGAAAAUGGAAGAUCUUUCUACUCAUUCCUUGGAAUUUCUUACGCCAGACCGCCGAUUGGACAGCUCAGAUUUGCACCUCCGGUGGAAACGCCCAAGUGGAGGGGAAUCUACGACGCUACUCGGGAUGGUUCUCCCUGUUCGCAAAGAGACGUCCUUGGGGAACCGAUGCUCCUCCUUGGAUCGGAAGACUGUCUCUACCUCAAUGUUUACACUCCGACGCUGCCUUCCCACCCUGAUCACUAUUCACUUCCGGUUAUGAUUUGGAUACACGGAGGAUCGUGGCUAUGGUGGAGCGGGACCAGGCAGCAUUUCAAUCCAAAUCGUCUCAUGAACAAGGAUCUAAUUUUGGUCACGAUAAAUUAUCGACUGGGUUGGCUCGGAUUCCUGAGCACCGAGGACACCGUUGUCCCGGGCAACAACGGGCUGAAGGAUCAAGCGAUGGCUAUUAAAUGGGUCAGCGAAAAUAUCGCGUCCUUCGGCGGUGAUCCUCGAAGGAUUACGUUGGCUGGUCAAGACGCCGGAGCGGCGAGCGCCCAUCUUCACAUGGUUUCACCCUUGACGAAGGACUUGAUAUCUGGCGUGAUCGCCCAGAGCGGUAGCGCAUUUUCACCUUCCACGAUCUCCUAUAAAGGCGAGGCCUUGAACAAGGCAAAACUUUUGGCCGAAGUUAACGCCUGUCCGAUAUCUUCGAAUCCCGAAAUGAUCGAAUGUCUGCGAAAACUGGACGUCGAACAAAUCACGACUUCCGAUGCCAUUUUGAACGUUUGGAACGGACAACCAGCUACGCCGUUGAGGGCUGUAGUCGAGGGAACCGUCGAGGGCGCUUUUCUCGUCGAUCAUCCGGAAAAUAUAGUCGAAAAUGGGAACCAGGCGAACGUUUCGAUGAUGAUCGGAACCACGCGUGACGAUGGCGCAGCGAUUACCUCGCCAAUGAUGUUCGGCCCUCUGACACUUUCGCAAAUUGACGAAGAUUACCGGACAGCUUUUCCGGCUAUUUUUGUCUACGAACAAUACUUCUCCGACCAAGUGAAAAACGAAACUUCCGAUGCCAUCAAAAAUCGGUACUUCGGGAACCGUCCCAUAAACGUCUACUCCGUUUCGGAGUUGCAAAGGGCAGCUACCACCAGACUGUUCAAAAGACCGGUAAAUUGGAUUGCGGAAAAACAACGCAUCAACAACACGAUGUACCUUUAUCAGUUGAAUUACAGAGGAAGCUUGUCGUUCUCCCAGAUAUUAGGGGCCGGGGUUCUGGACAUGGGUGUUUGUCACAACGACGAUCUUCUCUAUCUUUUCGAUUUCAAAACUCUGUUCAGAAGAUCGAUCGGUAUGACGGAAGAGGAGAGAAUAAUGAAGGAGUCAAUUACCGAACUUUGGUACAACUUUGUGGCUACCGGAAAUCCAACUCCGAUAACCAGCGAACUAUUGCCGAACACUUGGUACCCCAUCGAAAAGACCGGUCACCAUUUCAACACGUACCACAUAAACGGGCCACAAAAUUUCAUGGUUUUGCAACGAAACAGGGAAGCAGCCAGCGAUCCUGAUGACGUAUUUUGGGAAAGUCUUCCCAUUGCUCAUAAUCCGAGUAAAGAUUUAUUCCCCAAGGUUACGAAAUCCUCCUGGAAAACUUACAUAAAAAAUGCAUUCGCCAAAAUCAAGAGCGGAAUAAAAAAACUUUUCGGUCGAUCGUAGAUAAUAAGUAUAGUAAUUAGCUAUUUCCAGAUCCCUUCUGUAAAAAAAAAAACAACUUUAAAAAUAAAUGUAUGUACAUGAAAAGAAAA